CCUGCUUCGGUCCAGCUCGUUGGUGGCAUGGCAUGGGCCUCAUCUCGCCCGUCCUGCACUCGGUGGCCCGCCCUGUGACGCUCCCCGAGUUCGUCGACGCCGUCCGCGCAACAUGCCGCCCACGCUUCCCUCACCUCCGCACCGGCGCCCUCCGCCAGGUUGGGCUCGCCAUCAGCGGCGGCGUCGACUCAAUGGCCCUCGCCUUCUUGUCCAGCCAGCUCCUCCGCCACCACCUCCACAUGCGUAUCAAUGACAACCCCCUCGCCAGCUUUGUCGCCAUCGUCGUGGACCACCGCCUCAGGCCAACCUCGGAAGCAGAAGCAGUGGCCGUUGCUAGGGUCCUCCGUCGCCUGCGGAUCAAGCCAGCCAUCAGCAUCAUUAACUGGAAGCGUGAGGCUCAUAUGCUGCCUCCAAAGGACCACUCAAACCUCGAGACCCUCGCCCGCCAUAUGCGCUACCGUCACAUCGGCCUCGAGUGCGCCUUUCGCGGCAUCGGCAGCGUCCUCGUAGCUCAUCAUGCAGACGAUCAGUACGAAACUGUGCUGAUGCGUAUGCUGGGUGGUCAUCCCAGUCGUGGCCUGCGUGGCAUCCGCCCCGCGAGCGAGAUUCCCGAAUGCGAGGGGCUCUACGGCGCGUUUCGCAGUGGCUGGCUCGACGACAGGAUGCGCCAGAGACCCUACUUCAGCCAUACCAAUGCUGAGCGGGAUCGUCGUCGUCUCAGGAAGCGCAUCAGCAGUCUCAUGAGCGAGGAGCUCGCUAGCCUGCACGAGCCGGACCUCGAGUGGCCACUACAGCCGUCCUACGACGACGCGGCCGCCCGUGACCUCCAAAUCGAGAACAUUGCCAUGAACGCAAUCACUCCGUCCCCAGUCGAGGUCGAGGAUGGAGGAGUUAUGCUGUACCGCCCCUUGCUUGAAUUCGGCAAAGAUAGACUUAUAGCAACGUGCCUGGAGAACGAUAUUCCAUGGUUCGAGGACGCAACCAAUGCAGACGCCACCCUGACGAUGCGUAACGCUAUACGAGCUAUGCAUCGUGGUCACGAGCUGCCCAAUGCUCUCUCAAAGCCAGCAGUCCUUGCACUCGCAAAGCGCUGCGACAAGAAACAUGAAGCGCUGGAAGCGGAGGCUACGAGGUGGGCGCGGCAAGUCAUCAUCCAGGAUUUCAACAGCCAAGCAGGAACGCUACUCGCACAAUUCCCACACAUGGAAUGCCAGCUUCCGCCCUGGCAAGCCAAAUCUCAACUCCGCUUCAAGGCUCGGCUAGCCAGGUGUAGAGAAGUCGCAGGGCUCGUGCUCAAGAGCAUCAUGGCCAUGGUCAGUCCAGAGCACAACGGUCCUCCAAUGAUGUCUCUACAGAACCCGAUCAACACGAUAUUCCCUGCACUGUCUAUAGCCCUGAAAAGGACACCAGCAUCGCCCAGGGCGUUCAACAUCAAUGGGGUUCUUUUCAGACCAGUGCCGGCCACAUCACUGCGUGCAUCAUCCAGACCAGUGACCGGUCAAGACGACACCACUACAACUUCAGCAGAGACAUAUUCCUGGUAUCUUACGCGCGAGCCGUACCCUUCACCAGCGAAUAAGCCCCUUCCCCUCAACAAUCUACGCUACUGUCUCGCGAUCGAAAAGCCAUUCGAGUGCAAAACCAGAGACAUCAGAAGCGAUUGGACCGAAUGGAUGGCGUGGACCUUGUGGGACGGCCGCUUCUGGGUGCGCCUGCGUCACCGCAUGCCCUUCCAGCCCUUCAUUGGCCCAUUCCAAGAAGAACAUCAAAGGCCCUUCCGCGAUCGCCUCUCAAAGCGCGAGCGCGAGCACAUGGCUGACCUCUUAAAGCGCCACGCGCCCGGAAAGACCCGGUACACCUUACCUGCCAUCUACCUGGAGACUGAAGUCGAUUUUGAUAACCUCCCACCGGUCCCGAGCUACCCCUUCCGUCUUCCAGAAAAGCGCAACGGGCAGCUCACCCCGCAGUCAAUGCUGCUCGCCUUGCCAACGCUCGAAAUUAAUGCGCCCGGACUCAAGAACCUCGUCGAGUAUGAGAUCCGGUAUAAGCGCCUCGAUCGCCCGUUGCUGGAUAGAGCGACUGCGUACUCCACGGGCUCAUAUGUGACGCCGCUGUGGAGGAAUAAGUAUCGAACUAGGCGACGCGGUGGUACCCACUUGUCCUUUAGGGGGUCAAGAGCGCGCAACGGCGACAGGACGCAUGGUGGUUGUCCUUCAGGUCUUGUGGGCCGUCGCCGGACACGUACAAGGUCUGAGGUGGCGGCACAGAAGACCGCGGUACAACAUAAUAAAGAUGUCGAGACUCAGUUUGUUUUAGACGCCUAACACUGCGAUCACACGGCCUCCCGUCUUCUGGAGCGAGCGGAAUGUGAGGCAAACUUUGCAAAGCAACUCGGCACGAAAUCCUGCUAUCGCACCGACACUUCGAUGAGGAUUUAACAACAUACGCAGCACAGAAAGUGGCAUGGCGUCGAUAUGUAUCAAGUUCGAGCCUCUGUAGAAAGGGGAGGAGCAAGAUGAAGAAUUUGUCUUGUAAAAUAGCCAGCGAUCUCACCCUGUAAAGAGCCGUUUAGAGUAUCCUUGCAAAUUAUUUGGGCUGAUAC